GGUGUAUAAGGUUUCCUUGGAUAGCUUUUUGAAGUCUAUUUUUAUAAUUGAGUGGUCUCAGUUCGAGAGGAGAGAGUAAUCAUCCAAAAAUCGAUCUGGAACGAGCAGUGGUCUGUGAACUCGAGCUGUGAGAGUGCUGAGACUGUUUGGUUGAUAUCUCGAGUUUUACCAAUCCAAUUAAAGCGUGUGAGAUACCAAAAGAAAGCUCUCAAGACGAGGAAUCCGUGAAGGUCUGGUUUGCAUCAAUCGGAGUAGAGGAAGGCUUCCAAAUCGUCCGAGCAGAACGCGACCUCGCAGGGACGGAUUUACUCUUCUAAGAAUCGAGUUAGCCGGAAAACACCCGUUCUAGGGGCUGUUUUCGUAUCAACGAUUAGGGGUUGAAAUAGCAACUUGAGGAGGCUGUUUAGCACCCAUUUCUAAGCAAGGAAUCAGUUCUCAAGCUUCCUUGGCCGAGGCUUUAGCCAUUGGAUCGAGAAGGAAGGUUUUAAAGCUCAUUUGAGGUUGAGGCUAGAGCUUGCUUCCUGUGCUCGUUGCUCGAGAGAUCAUCUAGGAGCGAAGACUUGGUUCGUGCUUCCUCCAUUCGGAUUUUAAACAUUAAUAAACAUGCUCAUGGAUAUUUUACUAUAGAGCCUGCGUGCUCAUGAAUAGCCCGGUGUGGCCUUUUUGUUUUAAACAAUGUUUUCCGCUGCGUUAUGAAUUACUUAUUAUGUUUGUUUAUGGAUGUUAUAUGUGUGAAUGAUAUUCAUGACGCCUUGUAUAAUAUGAAUGUGUUGGACUGCGGUUGACUAUUCGUAUUGUACGGCGGGUUGUUGACGUGUCCGGGUAGGUCCGGGGCGUGACAUUCUUUCAGGUGAUGGCUGGACUGAGUUGGCCAACUAUAUAUGAGUUGUAGUUAGAGAUAAUGUGUCGAUACUAUUUGAUGAUUGGAGACUAGUAAAAGAUAAACAGAAAGAGAAGCUAUGGAAGCAUAUUAAGAAAUUGUUUGUCUUGAGUCCUAAGGGUAUGAAGCAAGUUUUGAGUACAGUGGGAGUAGCUUUGAGAAAUUUCAGGUCUACCUUAAGGAAUGAAUUCAUCUUCAUCCACAAGGACAAUUUGAAGAUGUUGUGUUUGCCUCCAAAAGAGUACGAGCACAUACCCACCGAUGAGUGAAAACAGUUUGUGCUGAAAAGUUUCAAAGCAGAAUUUUUAGCAAAGAGCAACAAGGGGAAAGAAAGAAGAAAGAAGAACAAGUUUAACCACAGGUUGGGGUCAUCCGGCUAUAGUGGUGUAUUGAAGAGGAAGCUAAAGGAACUUGAAGCUAGCUUGAAUGAUCUUGAUCGGGCUGAUACAUGGCUAUUGGGUAGACAAAAGAAAGAUGGUGGGUACGAUGAGGAGGUGAAAGAAGUUUCUAAAAAGAUAAAGGAGUUGAAGACUAAAGUGGAGGAAGGGUCAUUUGUGCCAUGUGGCUCAAAUGACAUUAUGGCUGCAGCUUUGGAUAAAAAGCCCAAUGGAAUUAGAAUUCAAGGAGUGGGUCACUUCAUUACUCCCACCAUGUACUUUCACAUGCCGAUUGGUGGUGUUGAAGAGAAGGACCUAGAGAAGAAACUUUGUGAUCGAAGGUAUGAUAUGAUGAUAAAGUGUCUUGAUGAACUGAAAGCUGAAGUGAGGCAGUAUGCUUGUAGUGAUAUAGGCAGUUGUAGUGUUCAAGAAAAGUCUACGACAUCUCCAAAACGAAAAAGAAAGGCUACUACAGUGGUCGAGAAGCACGUUACUCCCUUGAAAAAACAACACUUAGUUUCCAGAAAAUCUCCAAGACGUGUCUCUAAAGAGACUGAAUCUGAAACUCAAGUAGCCAAAGAUGAAGAUCAACAUCAUGAGGUUAAACGAGUAUCAAGAAAACAGAAGAAUGGGAAAAUAAAGGUUAAAGAAGUUGAAGUUGAAGAUGUGAGAGACAAUAUAGAUGACUGGGAAGCAGAAAUAGGGAGAUAUAUGGAAGAAGAGUGUGAGGAAAAACAACAGGGCCUUGAAAGUCAAAGUUCCAAAAAAUCGCCCCAGCAUUUCACCGAAAAUCAUGAUCCUACAUUGGUUGAGAAACAAAUAGAGGAUGUAAGGGAAGAAUUGGAGGAUCAAGGGGUUGUCAUCAUCAAGCAAAAAACAGGCCUGUAAUGAAGAAAAAGGUUGCGCCUUCAAGAAAGCUAAAUAUGCAAAGAACGACGAGGUAUGUGAUGGAAAAGAGAAAAGAACAAAGCGUUCAAUUGAAGAUGUUCUCUAUUUUUAUUGAGGGAUGCCUCGUUGAUGGCUACCCAAUCAAUCACGAUGAAGAAGUGUUUGGAUUCCCAACAAAAUCUUCCUUUAACAAGGAUGUGUGCAGAAUUGUUAUAACCUGCGAGAGAGUUUCAAAUUCCGUCAUAGAAAUUUGGUGCAAACACCUUCAUGAAAACAUGGUUGAACUAGGGGAGAUGCAUGUACAGUUUGGGACUUCUGCUGCCAUAGCAUGCCCAAAGAGGCUAUCGGAUGAAUCGGUGACAAGAAGGUCUCAAUAUAUUUCAGAUAUUUUAGCUGCAGCCUUACUUGGAUAGAUCACCUUGAUCCCGUAUAAUGCAGGGUAUGAUAUUAAUAUAACAUAAAAUUGUCUUAUUAUAUGUGAUCCUGGAAUUAGUUGAGAAAGGAAAUCCCUUUUUAAAAAUCUUUGCUUUGCUUAUGUUUUUAUAUAGUUUAUGGUUUGUCACAAUACAACAGGUUUUCUUGGAAUUUGGUGAUAGUUUUUUAGAUGCCUCCUAUUUUUUGUGAACUUUUUGAAAUAACCAAAACCUUGAUAGACAAAACUAUCGUUUACAUAUACCAUCACUGUUUUCUAUAAGAAAUAGUUACUCUGAUCGUAGUGUUAGAAAGAACCCAUAUAAAAAACCCAAAGCUAAGAAGCAACAUUUCUUUCAUCAGACAUGGACACUGCCUAACAAAGAACAUAAAUUAACAAACUAAAAAGACCUAUGACUGAAACUCUAAAACACAUACAAAAUGGAUUUUGGUGGGGAUCGAGUGAUUUAAUUGAAGUCUUCCUUCUCAUAUGAAAGUUCUAGAGAUACUACAUAGAUAUGGUUGUCUGUAGUGGAAGUGCACUUUCGACCUCCUUCACUUCAACAUUUCUUUCAGCAAAAACUUUCACUACUAGAAUUUUCCUUAUUUGCUGCUACCUAAUUGCUGCGGUUCUUAGCUAAAGCGCAGCAAAUAGGCAAAAUUAAUAGGUAUUUGCUGCGGUUCCUUUAUGAACGCAGCAAAAAGUUGAAAAAAUUGAUACUUUUUGCUGCGGGCGUAGAGGAACCGCAGCAAAUAGUCAAUAAUAUUUCGAUUUUUUAUUUUUCUUUUGCCUUUUUCUACUAUGUGCUGCGGUCGGAAUCGAACAGCAGCAAAUAAGUCAUCUAAAAAUUUCAGACCUUAUCCUCUCCUUAAAUAGAUUAGAGCAGACCCUCCCCAAAUCCCAGCGCCCCUCCCAGACCUUGGGCCGAACAUCGCAGACGGCCACCUCGUCGCGAAAGUCCAGCUCGUCGCCAAACUCCAGCUCAUCGCCGACGUUGCUCCAAACGCCAACGACCUUCUCCUCGAUUAUCUCCUCGCCGACGCCGACGGCCAGCAGAACCUCGCCCCUUCAAUGGCUCCAACUUCAUCUUCUCUACACUUCAUUGUUGCCUUUUUUCAAGGUUAGUUGUUAUUAAUUUAUUUUUAUGUUUUUUUUCUCCAUAUUGUGUAUUGAAUGGAAAAUUUGAGUUUAUUGUUCUUUUUUAUAUUUAUUGUUUGAAAUAAAUUGAACUAACCUCAUGAACUUAUGGACUUAUUGGUUUUUUUAUAUUCAUUUUGAUAUUCUUUUUUAUAUUUAUUGAGUUUAUUGUUUUUUUUUUAGUUUACUAUGUGAUUUAUCAUGGUUAGUUUAAGUGUAUAUUAGUUCGGGUUAUGCUUGGACCUUAGUUUUCCCUUGUCUAAAUAAUAUAUCUUCUAUCAAUUAAGUUAAUGUAUUGCUAAAGUAUUAAGUCAAACACAAGCAAUACCUUAAUCCUUUCAUGUACAAUAAUCUAGAAUCAAAUACUCCGUACCUUUUGACCUUUUCAAGGUGCUUAAAUUAUUUAGCAACUGAUGUACUAGGAGUGCUUUUACGAAAUGGGAAUUGUUGUAAAUUGGUGCCUUUUAUCUUUAAGUUUGUUGUGUGAAGUCUAGAAGUUCUUUGCUCUUGUCGUUGAUGACUUGCCUCUGACUGAACCUGGUGCCCCAGCGCUUAAGCGCACAAGGCGCAGCGAGCUACACCCAGAAGAGCUCUUCCGUCACAAUAUCUCAAUGUUAUGACUCGAAUUUGUGGUAAUUUUGAAAAUAUCCUUCUGUUUGUGCCCUGCAUUUUGCACAUGUGUGAAAAAGUUACGGCAUGGUCUAAACAUCAACUCAUUUUCUUCAUCUCACGGUUUAGAAAUGAGUUUGGCAGUAUAUGAUUUCUAGUGUUAGACACUAUGAAAUGAGUAGCAUAGUUUAUUUUAGAGUAUUGCACCUCAUAUGCCUCAUUGUUCUGUAGACAUUCUUGUUAUGGGCUGAGAAUCUUCGAAGACUUGGAGGAUUAAAUUAUUCUUCAAAUGAUGUUGGAGUUGUUCUCUCAUUCUCUUGUGCAUAGCCUACUUUUUUACUUAUAAUCUUUAAUGUUUAUCCUACUCCCACUUUUCAUCCUUCAGGAAGUUCAUUUUUGAGUAUAUACUCAUUAUAUACCAAGUCAAAUUGAUAAUUUUAUUUAUACAUCAGAAAGGAUAUGAAUUGGAUAAAGAAGUGGAUAAUGCUUCUUAUGCAUUUUACAGGUUUCAGUCUUCUGUUCACUCAACUAUUUGUGUAUCCAAUCGUUGAGAGAAAGAUUGGCCCUACAAUGACAUCAAGAAUUGGAGGAGUAAGUAACAUGAUGUUCUGUAUUUCUAAAUAAUUUUUUUUUCUCUGGACAGUGCAACAAAGGAGUUCUUGGUGGACUACUUUUUGCUCAUCUUUUUGCAACUGAUAAGAAGUAGCUCCUUGAUCUGGCAGAGGAUAUGGAAAGACGUUUACAACUUCUUUUUGAUACACCAAUAGGACUGACGUUGACUAUGGGCAUAUGUGUGUAAUAGUUUAUUGUAAACUUUUAGCGAGUAAACUUAUAUAAUGAUGGUAAUAUUUAUUGUAUUUAUUUUGAAUUUUGGAGAUGUAUAAUUAAAUUUUUAGAAUUUUGAUUUUGGUUUGCGU